AUGCACGUCACCGACGCGUCCGACGGCAAGCCCAGGGAGCUUGAGCGUGUCCAGGAGCCGCCUCUUCUUCCCCUACUUCCUCUACUUCCACUACAUCACCAAGGGAACGCCAAGUCCUACAUCGACGGCCACCUCCACUGCUUCCUCUGCUUCGCAACAGCGAACGCCGCCUCAGUUAGCAGCUCGAGUCGACCCUCCGUCGCCUCCCCGGCCACUCAUCCAUGUCCGUUAAACGCUAGGUACCAAAGUGAUGAUCGUGAAGAGGCUAGCAUGGAGACACGAGCACCUAUGGACGAGGAGAAGGAAGAAUGGAGCGAGAAGAAUGAAGAAGGGGAGGCCCUGGACACUCCGGGUGCCCAGCCCCAACCUGGGCGCAGCCCCUGCCAGCCCCGGGUGCCUGGCCAUGGAGAGCCCAGGUGCCCGCAGCCCCCUGGGCACUGCUCCCAGCCGACCCCGGGUGCCCGGCCCCCUACUCCAGCUGCCUGGCGCCACCCCGGGUGCCUGGGCUUGGGACCCCCGGGUGCCCGACCCACCAUCAGCCGGCUCCUGACCGAUCCGGUUGCCCGGCCGAACUUGAGCGCAUGUCCCUGUCCGGUCCGGGUGCCCGGACCCUUCUGAGAGUGCCUGGGUGUAAUUGGGGUUUUGACCCUUGUAUCCCUCUCUCCCAUCUAUUUCGUCCCUAGGCUAUAUAAACUCCUUCCCUAGCUCAUUUGAGAGGUUAGCAAAGUAUUACAUAGACAAAGAGAGAGUUUUGCUCAUCUUCCUCCUCUUGGAGAUCUAGACCUCCUCUUGGAGAUCAAGCCCUCCUCUUGGAGAAGAUCCUCUU